CCUCAGCCAGCUCAAAAGAAACUCCUGGAGCUAGUGGUGUUCUCCCUCCCUCCCUUCACGUGAUUCAGCUUCCCCACACCAGGGUAGCCGAGGACAAGCCUCACUGUGCGAGAUGGCUGCCGGCAGCUGCCUCCUCCUCCUCUUGCCCUGGCUGGUCACGGCCUUGCACAGCCCACCCGGCUGCAAGAUCCGGAUUACCUCCAAGGGGCUGGACCUGGUGAAGCAGGAGGGGCUGCGCUUUGUGGAGCAGGAGCUGCAGAACAUCACGGUGUCAGACCUGCAUGGGAAGGAGGGGCACUUCCACUACAACAUCAGCCAGGUCAAGGUGAUGGAUCUGCAGCUGGCACUUUCCAACCUGCACUUCCAGCCUCAGCAGCACCUCGUCUUCACCAUCAACAACGCCUCCAUCAGCCUGCGCUUCCGGAGACAGCUACUUUACUGGUUCUUCUAUGACAUUGGAUCCAUCAAUGCCUCUGCGGAUGGUGUCCACAUCAACACAGUGCUGCAGCUGGCCAAGGACGAGGCUGGGCGCCUGAAGAUCUCUAACAUCACCUGUAAUGCCUCCAUUGCUAGAAUGCAUGCAGGCUUCUCUGGCACACUCAGGAAGGUCUAUGAGUUCCUGAGCACCUUCAUAGUCACAGGGAUGCGCUUCCUCCUCAGCCAACAGAUCUGCCCAUCCCUGGAGCAUGCCAGCCUGGUGCUGCUGAACUCUGUGCUGGACACAGUGCCGGUGCGGAACUAUGUAGAUGAGCACAUCGGCAUUGACUACUCCCUCCUGCGGGAUCCAGCCGUCUCCACAGACACCCUUGACCUAGACUUCAAGGGCAUGUUCUUCCCCCGUGCAAGAGAGAACCAGGAGCUGGAGAACCACGCGGUGGAGCCGGUGAUCAAGGAGACGGAGCGCAUGGUCUAUGUCGCCUUCUCAGAGUACUUCUUUGACUCGGCCAUGCACGCAUACUUCCAGGCAGGUGUGCUGGCCAUAGAGCUCCAAGGGGAGAAGGUGCCCAAGGACCUGGAGGUUUUGCUGAGAGCCACCUUCUUUGGGACCAUCUUCAUGCUGAGCCCCACCGUGGAUGCUCCCCUGCAGCUGGUGCUGCAGGUGUCGGCUCCCCCCCGCUGCAUCAUCAAACCCUCGGGCACCUCCGUCUCCGUCUCUGCCUUCCUCAACAUCUCGCUGGUACCCCCGGGCCGCCCUGCUGUCCAGCUUUCCAGCAUGGCCAUGGAAACAAAGCUGAGCGCCAAGGUGUUUCUGCAAGGGAAGGCGCUGCGCGUGCAGCUGGACCUGCGACGGUUUCGCAUCUACUCCAAGCAGUCCGCACUGGAGUCACUAGCGCUGUUCUCACUGCAGGGCCCACUGAAGACCUUGCUGCAGCUGACAAUCAUGCCCAUCAUUAAUGAGAGGACUAAAAAGGGGGUGCAGAUCCCGCUGCCAGAAGGCAUGGACUUCACCAAGGAGGUGGUCACCAACCAUGCGGGAUUCCUCACAGUGGGAGCUGAUCUCCACUUCUCCAAGGGGCUGCGGGAGGUGAUUGAGAAAUACCGCCCAGUCCCUACCACCCCCGCCUACUCCAGCUCAAGGCUUGCGGAGCCCAGCAUGGACACCCGCCAGCUCUAG